AUGUCGAGCAAGGCUACCUCUUCGAGCGAUAUGCUUCCGGCCAAGCCGACAAGCACGACCACAGUUACGAUUGCGGGCAAGAAGAAGACGACGCCAUGGGAGAAGAAGCUGGAGCAGCGCCGAAAGCAGGAGUCGAUCAAGCAGAGGGAGCGCGAUAUGAAGGCGGAGAAGGAGGCCGAGUCGGACAGGAAGAAGCAGGUCACUCGUGAACGCAAGCAGAUGGCCGAGGAGAAGGCACGACUCGAGAUCAUGGCUCAAAAGAUGAGCGCCAAGAAGCUCGCGCGGAAGCAGCGCCGUCUGGGCAUCACCAAGAAGGUCUCGCACGCAUGA